AUGUCUACCGCGACGACAUUGACACGAACUCCCAGUGUAAAUUCAAGUCCAUAUCCGAGCCAACAAAACAAUAAUAAUCCACCACCAGACUCGGGAAACAGUAGCGGUGGACCUUCUCGUCGUCGUGGACCGAUUAAUAAGAGGGCAUGUCAACGUUGCAGACAAGGCAAGAUAAAAUGCGAUGGAAACGCCGAGACAGGACAUCCAUGCAGUAAUUGUGAUGCUAAUACAUGUAAAUAUGAUAAUAGUCCGAGAAAAAACAAGCAAAAUGGAGUCGAGAUUAAACAGUUUGAGAAAAAGGUUUUGAAAGAAUUAUAUGAGCAAAAAGAGUAUUUUGUUAGGACACAAUCUUUAUCACUUUUUGAUCAAUUACUCCAAGUUUUAAUGGAAAGUCGAUGUUUCAUAACAAUUCUCCAGUUGAUCAAAGAGCAUCUGGUGAGAUUACCAUUGAUCGAUAAUCAGAAUAGAACUGUCGAUAUUAUGCAGGGGCUUGAACAACUCGCAAAUAUCUCAAUCAACUGUGAAAUUAACUCAAAUUAUGGUCCAUUAUCACGGGAGAAUACUGAGAUUCUUCACCGAAUAAACAACUAUUUGAAUGGAUAUGGGGGUCCAACAUCAACACCUAAUAAUACAUCACUUGCUUUUACCUCGACAUCUCCAAUUUCCAGUAAUAACAACGGAGUAAUUGACCAAAUAACCAGCCCGAGCAAUAAUCUUGGCUUGAAUGCGCUUAGCAUUCACUCACCGCCGAAUUCCGAUGCAAAUUACAGUUUUAGUAACAGUACCAUUAUCACUGCUACCGACAACAAUCUUGUAUCUAACGAAGGUGAAGACUUGGCCAUAUUCUCACCGAUAGCGUCUGAAACGUUCCCUGGUAUUUUUCAGUACUUGGAUCCUUCAUACACUUCUAACCCGAUGCUUUUUGAUCCUACUGAUCCUUUUUUAAAUCCCAGUCAAAGUAUGGAUGAAGA